AUGACUAUGGAGCAAGUGGCAGAAGAAACUAAAACAGACACCAAGCUCCAAGCAGUCAUGACAUCCAUCCGGAUGGGCAAGUGGGAACCCCUGGUCCAAAGUUUCAAGAAAGUCUGCCCACCAGAACCGCUCAAGCCUAGACCGUUGCCUGGCGGCCCAUGGAAAGAAAUCUCCAUUGACUUUCUUGGCCCACUUCCGUCGGGUGAUGUGCUUUUGGUUGCCAUAGACAACUACAGUCGUUUCCCUGAGGUAGAGAUUAUAUCGUCAACUUCUGCAAAGACUGUUAUACCCAAGUUAGACGCAAUGUUCGCUAGACAUGGCAUCCCAGAAACUGUCUAUUCUGACAAUGGACCACCUUUCAACAGCGAAGACUUCAAAAUGUUCGCCAAACACCUUGGAUUCAGGCACAGACCUGUCACACCACUAUGGCCGCAAGCCAACGGGGAGGCUGAACAUUUCAUGAGCCCCCUCAUGAAGUCCAUCAGAGCUGCUCAUGUUGACCACAGAAGUUGGAAGCAGGAGUUUAACACAUUCCUGAGACAAUACCGAGCAACUCCUCAUGCCACUACUGCUGUUUCUCCAGCCGAAGCCCUAUAUAACAGGCAAAUCAGGACCACACUUCCAUCACGCAGCCUACCAGCUGUUGCUUCUAGGAACGUCCACAAGGUCAUCAAGACAACAGACGAGCUGAGAAAGGCUAAGGCAAAGGCCUAUUACGACAGCCGCAAGAACGCCAAAGUCUCGCCACUCUCCAUAGGCGACACAGUACUGGUCAAACAGCGCCGCACGAAUAAGAUGUCCACUCCAUUCGACCCUCAGCCUCUGACCAUCACCGCUAGGAAGGGCUCCAUGGUAACUGCAACAAGGGGUGGAUACAGUGUGACACGGAAUGUCUCCUACUUCAAACCAUUCCAAUGGAGACUACCGGAACCCGAUGCCUUAGAGUUAGACGACCCAAUCAGACCACCAAAGGACCCUCCAGGACAUCCGAAUAACACACCCCUGAGACCCUCACCGUUUGAUCGUCACAUCUUCCAGGCCUUGAAGUUGACUCAGCCAGUCGUUCCAAUGUCUCAGAUCGGCACCUGUGAUCUCCUCAUCCCAUCCAACUUGCCGUUUACACAAUCCCUGAAGUAUGGACUUGGCGAUCAGCACGAAGGGAGAUGCCGCUCCAAGGGGAUCGUACACUGA